AUGGCUAGUGAAAAGGGUUCCGGUUCGGAAGAACCCUUGGUACCCGAUGAAUUUGAUGAUCAAUUCUAUAAGGAUUUAUUGAGUAAAAUACUAGAGGCCACCAAGGCAUUACGCCAAAAGGAUACCCAAGAUAAUGCGGAUAAUGUACAACGCCUACUGAUAUGUAGCAAUCGCUACAAAUGCAAUUGGUUUCUGGAACAAACAAAAUGUCAAGAUCUAGAUGCUGAAGUGAUACGACUAAAUGGCCAGCUCGAUGAUGCACGAAAAAUGUCGGAAUUGGAUCAAGAGACCAUAGCUCAAUUAAGAGAGGUUAUUGAAAGUGCCUGGCGCCAAAAGGAUGCUGCCAUAUUACGCGAACAAACCGCCCAAGAUGAGCUGACAAAACUCAAAGAAAUUGUCGAUGAUCAGGCGGAGACAAUAAAAAAUCUCAAUAAAUUGAAAUGGUUUUUUUGUAGUCGCCGAGAUGACAACAAGGAAAAGGAAAAUCUGAAAAGUGAAAUUAAAGAUCUCAACAAACGUUUGCAAAUGCAGCGAAACUACACCACCGAAUUGGAGGCAUUAAAUCACACCUUGGAGGAGAAAAAUAAGAAUUUAAUAAAGGUUUUAGAUGAAACUUCUACUGAGGCUUUCAAUAGCAAGAAACGCAUUGAUGCCCUUACCAAAGAUCUGAAUCAAAUGAAAACCGAUGAACUGAAAUAUACCGAACAAAUUGCCAUGUCCAAGCUACAACUGGAAAAAUUAACCAAAAUGAAAGUUCGUCAAAAUCUCCAGAUUUUAUCACUGAAAACUAAUUUGGAACAUUUGAAUACUCAACACAAUGUGACGUGUAACAAAUUGGCCAAAAUCACUGUCGAUCUGGAAUAUGCCAUACAGGAGAGAGAUAAGAAUAAACGUGAUUUGGCACAGAAGACAAAUCUAUUGAAGAUACGAGAAGAUGAGAUAAUCAAAUGGAAGCAAGAGAAUGCGAAGUUGGCGAAAUUGCAAGACAACGCUUCACGCAAAUACUGUACCUUGGAGGAGUCUCGUAAGGAAAUUGAAGAAGAGAAUCUAAGACUGAAAACCCAAUUCAAUACACAAGAUAAAGAAUUCGAAGCCCUGCGACGACUCGUACAACAAUUCGAAAGAAAUAACAACAACCUGACUAAGGAAAGAGAUGCUCUCAAAAGGGAUUUGUUGGCGGAACAUAAAACAGCUGAGGAGUCUCAACAAACUGUACAAGAAACUCAACAUGAAAUCAGAGCCCUCAAGGACUCGCUGCUGUUGCAAGAGCGGAAAAAUAAAAAACUCAACGAAGAAAUUAUACUCCUGAAUAAUGAAAAGUCCAAGAAGACAGAUGAAAUUCAGAGUCUGCUGGAUAAAAUGGAUAGUUUGCAAAAUAAAAUCCACCUCAAAGAAUCCUAUGAACUUGAAUUGAAACGCACGGUCAGUGAUGCUGAGACUCAAUAUUCUAAAAUGAAAACUCAAUAUGAUAUGUUGGUCAAUGAAAACAAUUCAAAUUUGCGUACGAUACAAAAUCUGAAUGAGGAGAAAUCCAAACUUCGCACGAAUAUUGAAAAUCUACAAAACACCAUUGAAACGUUGAAGGGUAAUGUGGCCUAUCGUGAUGGUGAGAUAGGCAAAUUGCAAUUACAAAUCGAUAAAAUGGAAAAGGAGCGACGUAUGCUGAAAAAUGAAUUACGUACGUCGCAGCUAAAUCAUCAACACACCCGAGCCGAACUGUACGAAAAGAAAAAAGAAAAUGAUAAAUUUCUUAAAUCACAACAGGAAGAAGUUAAGAAAAUGACCCGCCUCCAAAGGGAGUUGGACAAUUUAAUCGAUGAAAAGAAUUCUGUGUGUGCUGCUCUAACCCGCAAGGAGGAACAGUUUAACGAUCUGAAAACCGAGUUGGAAAAUCUUCAACGAAGUCAUGAUAUAUUGCAAACGGAAUUCUCAAAAAAUUGUGAUGAUAUGAAAUUGAUGAGGGUGGAAAUUAAGAAUUUACUUACCGAACGUAAUGUGCUGCGUAAGGACCGGGAGAGUGCAGCCAACUUGAGGCAUGAACUGUUGCAAAUGCAUCGUAUCCUCAAUCAGCAGCGUGUAAAGGCGCGAGCUCUGCAGGAGGAAAUGAUGACACCCAUGAAUGUUCAUCGUUGGCGUAAUUUGAAGGGUAAAGAUCCGCACAAGUGUGAUUUGAUACAGAAGAUACAAUUUCUGAGAAGACAACUUCUACACUACAAUGUAACAAAUUUGGAACAAGAACGAGCCUUAAAAGAAUCCCAACGACUAUAUAGUACCUUAAAAGAAUUCAUUGUCAAGCUGCCAAGUAUUAAAAUCAAGGAAGAAUUAAAUGAAGUUAAGUCUGCCCUAACACUCAAAACCCGAAAAUUAAAAGCAUUGAAAGCAGAAAUAUCCGUUAAAAGUAUUGAAGAGAAAUCCCAUAUUGUAGAAUUGGAGGAAUUGAAAAACGAUUUGACAAAGGUGAAAAAUCAAUUGCUAAACGAAAGAAAAACCAAAGAGAAGCUACUGCAGGAAAGGCAAACAAUAAUGCAAAUGCAAUGUAUGUCCGCACCAGCGCAUCUACAGACACAGUUUACACCCUCGCUGAAACAUCCAAAUGGUAUUUAA